AUGUCCGUCUUUGUCACGACCUCUGCUGCUGCUCCCUCGCCGGCGACACAGAGACUGGACGCGACGACCAUGGAUCAACGAAGCCCUCCCGAAUUCAUGCUAGACGCCUUCGCCGACCCGGCCUCAGUGCGCGAUGUCGUCAAAGGAAUCCUACACACAAUCUUCUUCCACCGCUUCUUCCCCGCCCUGACACCCCGCACCCGCGACGUCCUCGACCUGACGCUGCCGCACGUCGACGACGUCGAGCUCGAGACGCUCAUCGACCAGCGCCUGCGCCACCUCGACGCCGCCCCCGCCGACGGCCGCGGCCAAGUGACGGUGCAGUUCUUCGAGCGCCGCCGCCGCAAGGCCUGGCUCGUCGGCCGCGGCGGCGACGACGAGGUCUGCUGGGAGACGUGGACGGUGCGGGUCACCGUCGCCGAGCCGCGGACCGAGAGCGAACGCGCAAAAGUCCGCAAGGCCAUGGAGCAGACCCUCCUCACGACCGUUAUGAAAAUCGUCACGCACGCCAACGCUCACAAGGACCAUAUCCCGCCCAUCACGGCCCAGGGCGCGAAUCCCUUUCCCUAUACGAUCAGCGUCAACCAGAAGGAGAGCGGCGGCUGGGCCUCGCGCAUGGGCAUUUACUGA